ACCAACCUUGCACGUCCUCUACACGUCUUGCUAAGUUUCGCAACAUCCUCUUCGAUUACAACACCAUCGUGCCCAAGAGAUGCCGAGUGUCACUAUGGCUAUCAACUCAAAGGUCCCUACAGCGAGGAAAAGUCCCAUCACUUCAUCACCACGCCCCAAAGUCCCCACGAAGGCUCAGCAGCAGUGCAAAACCUCCGUUUCUCAAACCGUCCCACAGAGCCAGCAACAGCGCAAGAACUCGAAUGCGCAAAGCUCGCCCAAGGUCGUCCAGCACCAGCGUAAAAGCCCUGCUACGAAGCCUCCAGCUAUGGUAGACAAUAAGAGGAAGAUCAAGGCUGAGGAUGUCUCACCGACGAUGACUGACCUCCAGGUCAAGCGCGUAGGAGUGGACAAGGGUCCUGCUCAACCAGAAACCAGGAAUGAGUCGCCCCCUAAGAAGCAGAAGAUUGAGAUGAAGGCCGAUAACACUCAAGAAAUCGCCGUCACAUCUCCAUCCGGAUCCACUUUCUCCACGCCUCACCUUCAAUAUCUCCCCGUCUCACCGCCUACUCCCUCUCAAUCCGCACAAAUGCUCAACUCCCUCCUCCGCCACGUCCUCCACGCCCAGCCCACGCUCGUCCCCUCUAACCCCUCCAUCCCCAUAACAUCCACGCACAUCGACAACAUAGCCCACACAAUGUGGCAAAUCGCGUUCAAACAUGGCGUCAUGCUGGAACGCGCCUGCCAGUACAGCGCCAUGUACGCGCCGCUCAAGUUGGCAGCGUUGGCGAAAUUGAAUUUCUUGCCUAGCUGGUGGUUCUUUAGGGAUUUGGUUGUUGGAGGGUUGCCGGGAUUGGUUGGGGGUGUGGAUGGGAAAGAAGGGGAGAAGGGAAAAGGGAAAGGGGAAGGGAUCGUGGUUGAUGAUAGGGAGAUGCAGUGUGUUUGGGAUGAGGCGGUUAAGUGGUGUAGGAAUGUUGUUGCGAGGAGGGAGUGCGUUGAUAAGCCGGUGGUUAUAGAAGAGGAGAGGGGGGAGAUUGAGGCUAAGAUGGUGGAUGGCGAUGAGGGCGAAGAAGGAGAGGAGCGAGCUUGGUAUUACGCGUCUCGGUAAAAGCCCAAGCGGUUCAUGAUGGAGUCGACUAGGUAUGGUAGCGAGCGUUUGAGAAUCGG